AUGAAAAAAUAUUUGGUUUUUGAGAAUUCCCAAUACUCCUAUAUUAUUAACAGUAUCAAAAAUGGAAAUGAAUCAGAAAUGCUAGCUGGUUUGAAUGAUUUUUAUGAACAAUUAAAUUUAUCAGCUGAUGGAGGUUUAAGCAAUUCUAACUUGGAAGAAUAUAUUAAUGUUUUGAUUCAUGUUAUAAAAAAUCCACAUAUAAGCUAUAAUAGCGUAUAUGGAAAGAGUGAUAAUAAUAAAAAGAUAUCAAAAAGUUCAUUAAAUGAUAAAAAAGUAUCUUCUGAUAAAAUAAAUGAAGUAGUAGGUGGUGGUAUUAAUAGCUUUUUCAAAAUAAUUCAAGAACACAUAGGUGUAUAUGCUUCUGAUUUUGAUAAUAAUGAUAGUGAUUCAGAUUACAGUGAUAAUAAAAAAAAAAAAAAAAAAAAAAAAAAAAAAGAUACAGAAAAAAAUAAAAACAGUAAUGACAAAGAAAGAAAAAAAUUUGAAAUUUUUAAUACUAAAGAUGAAGAAAAAGACAAAGAAAAAGGUAGUAUCAAAAAAGAAGUUAUAAUAGAAUCAGAUGAAGAAAGUAGUGAAUUGGAUACAUAUUCUGAUCAGUCUAGUAGUUCAAGUGUGACAAGCGAAUGUAGCAUAGAAUCAAACAAUGAAAAAUUAUUUCUUAACGAUGCAAAUCCUAUAGAUGUAAAAUAUAUUAAUAUUAUUUAUACUGCAACAUGUUGUAUAUAUACCAUUUUAGAUAUAUAUCCCAAUUCUAUAAAAUACUUAAUUAAUAAUAAAGAUGGAGUAUAUAUAUUAAAUAGAAAGUUAAAUGAUAUUGAAUAUAUUGAUGUAGCCGAAGUUAUCCUGAAAAUUUUUGAAAAAUUAGUAGAAAAAGAUCCUAUGUUUAUAUUAAAAAAAAAAAGUAUUAAAUAUAUGUUAAUGCAUAUCGACUUUUAUAACGUUAAUAUUCAAAAAAAAAUAUUUUUUUGUAUUAUUCAAAUGAUUAAUAAUAUAACCAAAUAUAAACAUAUAACCAAGUAUAUUACACCAUAUUGUAGCAUAUUUGUUAACUUUUUUCAUUUUCAUUACAUUCACAUAUUAAAUAUUAUAUGCACUUUAUGGAGAUCAUUACUUGAUAAAAUGAUCACGUUACGAUUAGAAGAUGAAAACAAAUUAAGAAAAAAAGAAAAACAUCUUUCAAAAAAGACUACAAAAGAAGCAUCAUAUUUAAGUAAAUUAAUUGAUAAAAAGGAAAAAAAAAAGAAAAUAGAAAGUAGCAAUUUAACUGAAGAGAAUAAAAAGAAGAUUGAUGCUUCAUAUAAAAUUGAAGAGGAAAAAAAUAUAAAGGAUCAAAAGAAUAAAAAAACCAAAGUAGAACAUGAAGAAGAGGAAGUUAUUGAAAUAUCAGAUGAAGAGUAUACUAACGAUUUACAUUAUAAAAAAAGUAUAAAUCUCAUAGAUGAGCAAGAUAAUAAAAAAAUAAAUAAAGAGCAAAAAAAAAAAAAAGAAAAUUCAAAUAAGAAAAAUAAAAAAAAAACAAAAAAUUUUACAAAAGAUGAAGAAGAAAAAAAAGAAAAUAGUGAUGAAGAAAUAAUAAAAAUAAGAAAAGAUAGUAGUGGUUGUGAUUAUGAUAAAAUAAAUAAUAGUAGUAGUACAAAAAAAAAUAAUUUAAGUGAAAAUAAUAAAAAAAGUAUUAAAAACGAGCAAAGUGACAUAGAUAACUUAAAUGCAUACGAUAAAGAUAAUUCACAUAUAAUUAGUAAAAGUAAUAAUUCAAAUGAAAAUAUUAAUAUACUUACUUCUUUUUUAAAAAGUACGAUUGAUGAUUUAAAAGGUGAUUUUGUCUACAAAGAUUCAGUUUGCAAUGGAAAAGAGUCAAAUUAUUUUGUUUUAGAAAAUAAGAAAGCUUUAAAAGAUAAAAAUAAUAAUAGUAAUUCAAUAAAUUCUAAAGAAAAUAAUUUGUGGGAUAUUAGUAAUUAUGAAGAAACUUGCAAGGAUGGUAACAAAAUGAGAGAAAAUUAUAGUAGUAGUAAUUAUUAUAAUAAAUUAUUAUUAAACAUGAUUAAUUUAAACAAUAAUGAUAAUACAUACUUUAAAUUAAGUUCAGAAAUAGAAAGUGUUUAUAAUAUUAAUAUAAGGAACAAUAUUAUUAAGUUAUUAAUUGAAUGUCAAAUUGAAGAUAAUUUAUAUGCUUUUAUGGAAACUUUUUAUAUAAUAUCUAUAUUUGUACAUUAUAGUAAUAAUAUACUUGAAAAUUUUUGUAAUAGUGAUUUUUUAAAUAAGUUUAAUGAAUUUUUUCAAAAUAAGAAAUUUCAGAAUAAUAGUUUUUUAAUUAUAUAUAUCUUAUUUACAUUAUAUUCCUUUCUUCCCAUAUGUACAUAUGAUGGAUUACUAAUUUAUGAAUAUGAAAAAAAAAAAAAUAUAAAUGAUAAUAUAUUCAUAGAAAAUGUAAAUUUUGAUAAAGAUAAAAAUAUUGACAUAGAUAAAGAAAAGGAUAAAAAUACAGAUAAUGCAAAUUCAAAAAAAAAAAAUUUAUAUCCUUUUUUUAAUUAUGAAAAAUGUGGUUAUAUAAUAUAUAAGUUUCCUAUUGAUGUUAAAAAGCAUAAGUUAGAAUUUUAUAAAAAUAAUUUUAAUUAUUUAAUGACUCUUAUAAAAAUAAUUAUACCAAAUAUAUAUAGUAUAUAUGAAGGUGCUUUAUAUUUUGAUAUUAAAUAUUUGUGCAUAGUUAUUUCUUUAUCACUUUUUAUUUCAUUAUAUAAAAUAUCUUUUUUUUAUUACAACAAUUCAGAUUUUGUUGAAUGUAUAGAUUAUAUUUUUUCUUUUUAUAAAGAGUUAUAUUCUUUUAUAAAAAGUAUUAUUUCUAAUAAUUUAUCAGAAUCGUCUGUUAUAAGUGGGAUUAUUUUAUGCAAAAUUAUUGAACAUUUUAACAUGUUAAUAUGUAAAGAACCAAUUUUUUCAUCUAUAAAUAAAAAAAUAAAUAAAAAUAAUAAUUAUAUUGUUAAUUUCUACACAUCUAACAAAAUAGGAAAUUCUCUUAAUGAUAUAAGUACGCUAAAUAAUUUUGAAGAACCAUAUUUAUUUGUAUUAACAAGUAUUAUAAAUAAGAUUUUACUAAAAAAAAAGGAAGAAAUAUAUGAACUUGAAAAGAAUGAAUGUAUUUGUACAAAUAAGAAAAUAUAUAAUAUUAUAUUUCUCUACUUUUAUGAUAUAUUUAAUGCUAAGAGUUCAUAUAAUUGUGAAAAUAACUUUUUAUUUUUUCAUCAUGAUAGAGAAAUGAAAAAUGUUGCAUUAGAAUUUACAACAUUAUUUUUAAAUUAUGAAAAUUAUAAUGAUUGCAAAAAAGAACAUUCAUCUUCAUACACAAUAUGUAACUUAAUUGUAGAUGAAACUACAUGUUAUAAUAACAUAGUUUUAUGUUAUUAUUAUUUGAUUAAUUUAUUUUAUAAUUUAUCCUUAAUGAAUGAAAAUUCUUCAAUAUACUUUUAUCAGUAUAACAUAGCAAAGCGUUUAUAUUUCUUUUUAUUUCAAAAACUAUUUCAUUGUGAUUCAGGAGAAAAAGAAGAAAAAAACAAAAAAGAUUUUAAUUUUGCUUUUGAUUUAACGAAAGAAAAAAAUAAAAAAAAUAUUUUUAAUUUAUUAAAGAGCAUUGAUAGAAAUAUUCGUUUAUACAUUUUUUUAUAUGCAUUAUUAUUUACCAAUGAUAAUAAGAAGGAAGAAUUAGUAAAUAAUUUAUUUUUAAAUAGUAUAAAAGCACUGUAUAAUAUAUUUUGUAAUAUAUUAAAAAAGAAUGUUGAAGAUAUUGAUGAAAAUGAAUUUAAAAAAAUAGAAUCUUUAGUAAUUGAAAUUUUUGAUUCUUAUCAUUACUAUUUAAUUAUGAAUAAUCUUUCAUUCAAUAAUUGUUUGUUACUUAUAAAUUUAACGAAAGAAUGUCUAAAUAUAUAUGAUAAUUUACCUAUAUAUUUUUUUAGAGAAAAUAAUGAUAUAGAACAAGAUCAAGGAAGAGAAGAUAAUAUAUUAGGAUGGAUGAAGAGUUAUGAUGAUUUUCCUUCAUUAAAAAAUAACUCCUUUUUUAAUUUGAAAAGUAAAAAAAGCUAUGAUACAAUUGUAAAAAAUGUAAAACAAAAAAAAAAAAAAGGAAAAGAAGAUUCUAAUAGUAAAGAAUGUCCUAUUGAAAAUACUGUAGAAAAAAAAAUAAAUAGCAGUGAAAAUAAUGAAAAAAAUGAAUUAAAAAAAAAUAAAAGUUUAAAAAAAGGACAUGAAGCAGAAAAAGAAAAUAUUAAAAACAAAACAGAAGAUAGUAUAGCAAAAGAAAAAGAAGAGAGGGUAUUAAAAGACAAAGGAAAAGAAGAUGUAGAAAAAGGAAAGAUAAAAGAAAAAGAAGUAGAAAUAAUAAAGGAAACAAAAGAAGUAAGCAAAGAAAAGGAAAAAUAUAAUUCAAUUCCAUACACUAAAUUAAAUAAAGAGAAGAAAAAGGUUUUAAAAAUUAAUAACAAAAAAGAAUAUAAUUUUCAUGAUUAUUUUAAUUCAAGUAAUUAUAAAAAUGACUUUGAUUAUAUACAAAAAGAUUCUUUUUAUGAUUAUAUAUUUAAUGAUAGCAAUAUCAGGAAUAACAAAAAAAAAAAUAAAAGUAUAUAUAAUAAUUAUAAUUGCCAUUUUCCAAUACAUUUAAGAAGAAACGGUCUUUAUAUAGAUAAUAUUUCUGUUUUUAAUUCUUUAAAUAAAGGAAUACCAAUUUCACUAUGUGCAGAACAAAUAAAAAGUGAUAAAAAUGAAGAAGAAAAAUUAGAGAAAGAAAUAAAUUAUUUAGAUGAUAAAAAAAGUAGUAAUAACAAAGAAGAAUUAUAUAUUCCAUCUAAAAUUAAUAAGACAAAUUAUAAAAAAUCAACUGAUAAUACUAUUUUAUUAAAUAAGAUAUCUAAAAAUUUAACAUUUAAAAAUGCAUUAUCAGGAGAAAAUAUUUAUGCAAAUGAUCAUUUUAUUAGAAAUAUUAUUGACAGAAGAAGAAAUUUACAAGGAUCUUUCAAUAUAUUUGAAUCAUUUAAUAAAAUAGAAAAUUUUAUAAGAAAAAAUAUAAACAAGAAUAAUAAAAACUUUUAUUCAAAGUAUGAUUCAAAAAGUGAAGAUUUAAUUAUUUUAUCUAUUAAUGGAAUAGAUGUUCAUAGUGAUUCAUGUUUAUCUGAGUAUUUAAUAAAAUUAGAUAAUGUAUAUUAUAUCAACAAAAAUUCCUUAUGUUUAACAGAAGAAAAUAUAUUUUAUAAUAUGGAAAAUUUUUAUGUUUAUAACGAUGUUGUUGAAAAUUUUGAAACGAAUUAUUAUAACUUAAAAAAUAAGAUAAAAUAUCUAUGGGACAGUAGUAAUAAUUCUCACAAUAUAAAUUACAAAAUUAUAAAAAAAAGAAAAAAUGAUGAACGAUGCUCAGACGUAAUAGAUGAUGAAAUAAAUAAUAAAAACAAUUUGUUUGUUACUUUAAAAAAAAAAAAAACUACAACUGAUUACAAUGAGGAAAAAAAAUAUUGUGAAAGAAAUGAAAAUGAAAAGGAUAUUUACACUUAUGUUGAUGUUAAUACCUAUAAAAAAAUAAAGAGUAGUAUAGAUACGCCAUUAUACUGUAAAGUUAUUAAUGAGAAAUAUAAUUUUUAUAAUAUUUCUUUCGAUUUAGUAGAAUAUUUAUAUAAUUCCAAUUCACAUGAUGAUAUAAAUAAUCAAUAUGAUGAAAAAAAGGAUAAGAUAAGUUUUUAUAAUUCUUUGAAAACUAAUAUAAAUGAUGAUAAAAUGCAAAAGGGAGAAAUAAAUUAUUGUGAAACAGAUCAUCUUCUUUAUAAAUAUAACUCAAGCAAAGAGGAUGAAGAAUCAAUAUUAUGCUAUAAAUCAGAAGAGGAAAAAUCAUCAUGUUUAAUAGAUUACUUAAAAAAUAGAUAUAAAAAUAAAAAAAUAGAAUUUUCAUUUUCACAUUGUAAUUUUGUAGAAAAUGAUUCUAUAUAUUUAUCAAAUUAUUUGAAAAAAGAAAUGACAAAAGCAACGGAGCUUAUAUUUUUUGAUGAUCAUUAUAUCAAUAAAGAUAUUAUGCUAAGUACACAUUUACAUAAUAUUAAUUUUUUAAUGCAUAAAGGAAAAGGUAAUAUUUUAAAAAGAAAAAAUUGUGUUGAUCAAAUUGAAGUAACUAGAAAAAAAGAGAAAUGUUUAUUUGAAAAAUAUAAGAAAGAAAAUUUCUUUAAAAUUGAAGAUAAUAAAGAAAUAAGAAAUAAUUACGAAUAUACAUCAUUUUUGUUGAAAGAAAAUGUUACAGAAAAGGAAAAAGAAGAAUUUUAUUUAUUAUAUAAUUAUAUGCCUAUAUACAGUGAAAUGAUUAAAAAAAAUAAUAUAAAAAAGGAAGAACAAAAAGGAAGAACGAAUUCUGAGAAAGAAGAUAAAUAUCAAAUUGAAAAAAAUGAAGAAAAAGAUAUUUUUAUAGAAAAUGUAUACAAUUUUUUACUUUUUAAAUUUUUAUUUUUAUUAUGUAAAUAUUUCAAACAAUGUGAUAUUUCAUCUCUUCUUAGUUUUUAUAUAAAUAACAAUCAAGAAAAUAAAAUGAUUAAGUCAAAUAAUGAAAAUAAUAUUGUACUAACAGAGUAUACAAAAGGAGAAAUAAGUAAAAUGAAACAUAUUUUUGAAAAUCGAAGUGAAAAAGAAAAUAAUGUAUCUGUAGAAAAUAUAAAAAAAAAAAAUUUUUUAUUAAAUAGUAUAAAUAAUAAAAUUAUUUACUAUUUGAAUAACCCUUUAUUUAUAUUUAGUGAAAAAUUACCAUCAUGGAUAUAUAAAAUAUUUUAUUUAUUUAAUUUUGUAGUAGAUAUUGAUAUUAGAUUAUUAUUUUUUGAAAUUAUUUAUUUUGGUAAUUAUAGAGGUUUUUAUAAUUAUAAGCAGAAAAUAAAAGAGUUAGUAGAAAAAUUUAAUGAGAAAGUGAACUUUGGAAAUAGGAUAUUAACAGAAGAACAUCUUUUGUCUGUAUGUUCUAAUUAUACAUACAAUUAUGAUAAGAAAAAAUUAUUCAAUUUUUUAUCAGAUAAUACCACGUUAACUUUACCUAGAACAAAAAUUAAAUUACAUAGAAAUAAAAUGAUUGAUUCCUCAUUUCGUAUUUUUAAUCAUUUACAUUUUAUUAAUUCUAAUUAUAUUACUCCAUCAUAUUUAGAUAUAGAAUUUUUUAAUGAAGAAGGCACAGGUAUAGGUCCAUCUUUAGAAUUUUAUAACGAAGUUAUAGAAGAAUUAAAAAAAGAGAAAUUAAAAUUAUUUAAAAUUGAAGAUGAUUAUCUUUUUCCUUUAUCAUAUAAAAUUAAUUUAGAUAAUUUUGAUUUUGAUUUAUUAAAGAAACCCAAAAGUUCUGAUUUAAUGGGAAUAAAUAAGUCUUAUAAUUCUUUUCAUUCUAAUUCUUAUCAAUCUUCAUCUUCGAAUAAAAGAAUUAAUGUUAUUAGUGAAGGAUCAAAUGCAAAUAAUUAUAGUUCUGUUAAUAAUCUUAUAAACCAUUUUCUUUUUUCAAUGAACUCAAAUGUUUUUCAAAAGAACACAAAAAAUUUAAAUAAAUAUGAUGAUAUAUCAGAAAUAGAAUUAUUAGAUACGAAAAUAAGAAAUAAAAAAAAUAAAAAAUUUUUUAAAAAUAUUUCUGAUAAUAGUAAAAAAAAUUCCAAAAAGUAUAAAAGUGGAAAAAGUUAUAAAAAAAAAUGUUCAUCUAAUAUGGAAAGUAAUCGAAAUAGUAAUGAUAAAAAAAAAAAAAAAGAAGUAAAUGAAGAAAAAAAUAAACAUGCACUAACACAUCUAGGAUCUAAAGGAACUAAACAAAAAGGAAAAGAUAACAAUAAUAUACAGAAAAAAGAAUCGUAUAAUAAAAAUCAUAAUAUAGCGUUAGAAAAAAGUAAUAUUUUUGAUUUAAAAGAACAAACAGAAUUAGAUGAAGAAUAUAUUAAUUCAGAUAAAAAUAAAAAGAAAAGAAUUAGACGUUAUGUAGAUGAAGAUACAAAAGAAAAAAAAAAUGAGGAAGAAAAUAAAAAAAAAAUCAUCAGCUCAGAUAAAAAACAUGAGAACAAAGAAAAAGGAAAAGUAGCAAUUGAUGAUAAUAAAGAAAAGGAAGGAGAAAAUGACAAAGUUGAAAUAGAUGAAGAAGAGGAAGAAGAAGAAGAAGAAGAAGAAGAAGAGGAAGAAGAAGAAGAGGAAGAAGAUGAAGAAGAAGAAAUUGACGAUUAUGAAGAAGAGGAAGAUGAAGAAGAAGAAGGAGAAGAAAUUGAUGAUUAUGAAGAAGAGGAAGAUGAAGAAGAAGAAGAAGAAAUUGAUGAUUAUGAAGAUGAGGAAGAAUACGAAGAUGAUGAUGAAACAGAUGAUCAUUUAGAAGAUGAAGAAAUAUAUGAUGAAAUAGAUUAUGAUAAUGAAGAUGAAAUUGAGGAAGAUAAUAGAGAAGAAAAUGAAUAUGAAGAAAUAGAAAAAGAAGAAGAAAAAGAAAAAAAUUGUGCAAAAAAAAAAAAGAAAAAUGAUAAAAGUAACCUACAGAAAUUAAGUGAAAUUAAAGAACCUUUAAUUAGCUCGUCAAAUAAUCCUUCCUUAGAAAAAAUUGCAGAUAUAUCAGAUAUAUCUAACAAACCAAAACGCAAAAACAGCAUAAAUUUAAAAGAAAAAAAUAGGAAAAAUUGUUGUAAGUUAUUAGAUAAAGGUAUGGACGCAAAAAGAAUAAAUGAAGACAUAGAUAAAAAGAAAAAAAUAGAGAAAAAAGAGAAGGAAAAAGAAAAAGAAGAAAAAGUAAAAGAUAAAGAGGAAAACAAAAAUAUCGAAAAAGAAAAGAUUAAGGAAGAAAUUAAAAUGAAAGAAAAUGAGGAAAUAAUAGAUAACGAAAAAAAAGAAAUAGAUGGAAAAGAAAAUAAAAAAGUUCAAAUAAAAAAAUAUAAAUUAUUUACAAAAGAUUUUGAAGAAAAUUUUUUGAAAGAAGAAAAUAAUUUGAAUCUAAAAAAGAAAAAUGAAACCAAGAAGAUUAAUUUAAAUAAUCAAAUUAAACUAAAUCAAUCUGUAACACAUAAUAUAAUUAACUCCCUUUUUAGUGAAAUAGAAAAUAAAACUGUAAACAAAAUUCUAGAAAAAGAAGAAGAUAAAUCUAUUGAUAAAAAAGAUAAUGAAAAUAAAAAUGAAAAUUCUAACAAAAAAAUAAAUGAAAAUGAUGAUAUGAAAACAAAUGAAAAUAUAAAUAAAAAGUCAAAUGAAAAAAAUAAGAAAAAGUCUGUAAAUAUAAAUCAAGAUACUAUAGAAAAUAGAUUAUUUAAAUAUUUCAAAUUAUUAGGUCAAUUAUGUGCUAAAAUAUUAACAGAUAAUAGAAAUGUUAAUAUUAAUUUACAUCCAUUAUUUUGGUAUAUGGUAAUGAAUAAUUCUGGAUAUAUUAACUUAUCGAAAUUUCAUCAUUAUCAAGCAAUUGAUAGAGUAAAUAUGAAUAGUAUAAAUAAAUUAUUAGAAUAUAGAAAAGAAAACAAAAAUAUAGAAGACUUGCAUUUAGAUUUUACUUUAUUAGGAAGUGAUCCACCUGUAGAAUUAAUACCUAAUGGCUCAAAUAUUUCAGUCAAUAAUGAAAAUUUAAAUAUGUUUAUUAAUAAAACCAUUGAAUAUUCUUUAUAUGAAGGAAUUAAAUUUCAAAUAUGGGCAUUUCGAUUUGGAUUUAGUACAAUUGCACCAUUAAUAUGUACAAAUAUUUUUGAUGAAGAAGAAAUUUGCGAUUAUUUAUUUGGAAGCAAUAUAGAAAAUGAUGCUUAUUGGACCAAAUCACACUUAUCUACAUAUAUUAAACCAGAUCAUGGUUAUACAAAUGAUUCUAUUACAUUUAUUACAUUAAUUGAAAUAUUAUCUGAAUUUAAUAAUGAAGAGAGACGAAUGUUUGUCAAAUUUUGCACUGGUACAUCUUCUCUACCGAACAACGGAUUUUCAGCUUUAAAACCUUUAAUGAAAGUAGUUAAAAAAGAAGAUAAUAAUGAUCUUCCUAGUGUUAUGACCUGCACGAAUUAUCUAAAAAUUCCUGAUUACAAAGAUAAAGAAAAAUUAAAAAAUAGAUUACUUUAUGCUAUUCGUGAAGGUCAAAAGAAUUUUUCAUUAUCUUAG